CUUGCUUACGGUGCGCUCACGGACGCUCACAUUCGUUUACACUUUUGCUGUCGUUGCGAGUAACACGUGGGUAUUGUAAAAUAUAAUAGAAAGUCACAAGCAGCACGUAUUCACGCUAAUCAUGGCUCAAAUCGGUAACGUGUCGGCCGAUCAGCUGAUCGCAGGCUCCAGUGUAUUGUCCCGGCCAGCCGAAGAAUUUGAAAAUGACGCCACGAUCGAAAGCAUGUGGGCGAUGAAAGCUUACGAACAUGCGGAAAUAUAUUUCAAUAUACUUUGUUCCGUCGACCCCAAAUUAUUGAGGCUUACGCCUCAUGAUGAUCAAAUUUACAAGACUUUCAGGGAGUUUUUUCCUGACUUGAAAGUGGAUGUAAUCGUUGAAGAUGAACUCAAGUCAGCAGCAGGAAAACAAAAAUGGAGGCCUUACUGCGAACAAUUCAAGUCUGUAGUGGAAGAUUAUAGUUUUGGAACAUUGUUAAGAGCAGACUGUAAGGGUGAAUAUUCGGAGGAUAAUAGUAUUUUAACAACAAGAAUACAGUUUUAUGCAAUUGAAAUAGCACGCAACAGAGAAGGUUUCAACGACGCUAUCAGAGAUCUUUACACACCACGAAAAAAUACAAAAAAAUCAUAAUUAUAUCAAAUCUGGAAGAAUAUGUUCAAUCCAUUAUUAUAUUUUUUUUUUACAAUAAAAACAUUUAUUAUACACGA